UGAGAUAUGAAAACCAAUUGUACAUCGUGAAAUAACGAGAUUGUCUUCGGAAAGAAAGAGAGAGAGAGAGAGAGUCUUUCAUUUCAUUGUCUUUCAUUUUUGGUGUCUAUCGCACGAUCCCACGCGUCUGCAUUUUCUUUGCCAGAUGAACUUUCUAAACGUGAUCGACAUAAAGACUGUAAUUAUACAUAAGUCCGAUAUGCACGAAAGUGUUUUGCACGUGAACUUAUCGAUCUGGGACACGUCUACCAAUGCGGGGCAAAAGAUCUUCCCAUGGUCGCGUGACGGAGAGAUGUUGGACGCCGAAGUCAAACGGGUAGGUUUAUGGUGCCGCUCGUCGGAUGUGAUUUAGUAAUCACUUGCCUCUCGCAAGUAUAAUUUCAACAUUUUAACAUGCACCCGCAUAACGGUAUUCCGCGUAUUCCGUAUUUCUGCAGUCGACAAGUUAUAAUACUGCAUAUUCGCAUCUCCUAUUACAGGUGGUAAACAUUUAGCCUAGCUAAUUCCACCUAUCUAAUCAAUGUUAUUAGAAUCAUUAAGUUUUGAUUGCUGCGCAUUAAUAGAGCGAUUAAUUCUAAAGCUUUGCGAUUGAGUUUUUGUUUUUAUUUUUAUUCUGUAUUUAAGAUUUGUCCCAUUAAGGAAAAUUUAAUUAGUUUGUAUCCUAUAAUCAGAGCGUGAUACACGAUAGCGAUAAGUUAAAAAUAAAGAUUCCUUAAACUUUUUCUUAAAAGAGGUUUAAUUUCCAAUUGUUUUCAAAUUUCUCUCAAUUAUUUCCUCUUUUACAGAAUAGAACUGUUUAUGGCCCUGUAUUCUGUAUCGAAGAAUUCAAAUUUCUUUUUUUUUUUUAAUGGAGAUUCAAGUCGGACGUAUUGAUUACACCGAUUUAUCAAAUCUUGCGAUAGAGAAAAUCAGAAUGCGGCGCAAUAGCAGCGCAUGCGAAACUAAGAACACAAUUGCAUCGACCAUUCGAACAUACGUAAUGCGCUUACAAAAUCUUGCCGCGUAUAGCCGGCUUGACGACACGAUAGUCAGGAGGAAGCAACAGGUGAGCGACAAGAGGAGAGUGCUCGUCCCCUUCGAAAUGUUUUAUUGCCUAAAAGAAAACAGGGAGAUGUAUUUAUACGCUCGGUCAAUUUAACACUCGUAUAUCGUAAUAAUGAAAAAAUUCUGAAGUGUUUUUUAAUUUCAAAAAAUUAUAUAAAUAUUAUUCGAUAAGAAAAGAGAAAACUUGAAAAACUAUAAAAUCGUAUUAAUUCAUAUGAUUUCUUCUUUCUUUUCUGAUUAUGUGCGCGCGGCUCGUGCGAAGCAGUCGGAAUAAAAUAUUAAAUAAACACAAAACUGCACGGAGAUUAGAAUUAUAUUUUCUUGAAACAUAAAUUGAGGCAGUUAACGAGACAGCGUUGGUAAACGAUCGUAACUAAAGACAUCCAAGUAUACCUAAUUACAACAGUUUCCAUCGGUUAAGACAUCAACAUUCCCUUUUCCUUAUUUUAUUCCUUUAAACAUAUUUUUAUAAUAUAUAAUACGGAUGCCGCAAAUUAAUAAUGUUAUUUUAUCACUUUACAAAUUACGAUCUUCGGCACGGGUAUGCAGAAUGAUUUAAGCAUCGUCGUACCGAAGGAUACCCGAUGCUGGAACUGGACGCGGCAGGAUCGCCGUCAAGGGUCAACCCCGCCCUCGACAAGGUUUUUCCGCCUGCGGCGGGCCUCGUCCCGAGACGCUUGUAUCCUAUCCGGCCUACGGGGAAGCCUACCGCCGAAGACUCGGCCGCCCUACCACCACGCGGCGUGCCGCGGUGCUGGCACGAGACAGGAUUUCUACGGGGGCCGAGGACAGACGCGGCCGUGCCGCCUGGUUCUUACAGUCGACUUUAAGACCGCGAUGCGACGGUCGAGCUAACGGUCAAGAGAAGCCGGAGCAGUCCUUCCACGUCCGCGCCCGCGCGACUCGCGAGGUUUUCCGUCGACUCAACGGGAAGAAGUGCAGAGAACCGGACUUCCGUUUUUCCCUCUACCUGGCGUUCCUCGCGCGCGGGACAUGAUCGCCUCGUAAAGAGAUACAUCGCGAUUUCAACCGCAUUCCGUGCGUUCCGGUUACGCCUACGACUCCGCGAAGGGUCGAAGGGAAACGGUGCGUUUACGCGCGGCAGCGCCAGGUAAAUUCCCAGCAGCAAGGUGCGGCCGGACUUCUUCCUCGGCACCAUGGCCCAGACUGCUCGUUCGUGAGAGAAGAAUAUAAGCAACUAUGAAUGCAAUUCCAAAGGAGCUGUUGCUGCUGCUUGCGGGUGCGUUUGUCGUUGCAGCGACAACAUCCGCCUGUCCGUGGUCGCAACAUGCGGUGGAUCUCGAGAGCUCGUGCAUCUGCGACUACAAUCUAGCCGGCGAGCUCUCGGUGCAGUGCGACAUCGUCGACUAUGAACAGCUGUUGUCGGCGAUGCGGCGUUACGCCACCAAAAUGCCGAUUGAUCUCUUCUACAUUAACAAUAGUACGAUCGGUGCCCUAAGGAAUGGCUCGUUUGCCACCCUGAGGAUCAACAAUAUACAGCUGUCUGGAUGCCGCAUCAGAAGCAUCGAGCCAGAGGCCUUCAAGGGCCAAGAGAAUCAUCUGAGGAGCUUAAAUCUCAAAGAUAACGAGCUCACGGAAAUUCCCGGUGCCAACUUGAAGAUCCUGAGGAACCUUACCGUGCUCGAUGUCUCGAUGAACAAGAUCACCAGGGUAAACGACAAUGCCUUUGCCGGCACCAAACUGAUCACACUGAAACUCUCUGACAACGAGGUCACUCUCGCUCCGGGAUCGUUUCGCGGGCUGGAGAGAACUCUGAAGAAUCUCAAUCUCAAGGGAACGCGACAGAAAAAAGUACCGGAAGCGCUCAGAGGUCUGAGGACCCUGGCCUUCCUCGAUCUCUCGCAAAACAGCAUACGCGAACUUCCCGGAACGUCCGGAAUCAGAGCAUUCGAGGGCCUCGACUCUCUCACGGGACUGAAUCUCGAGAGAAAUCUGAUUCAGAAUAUCGGCCCGGAUGCGUUUCACGGUAUCAGGAAUACCUUGAGUUCUCUCAGCUUGCUAAACAAUCUCAUCCCGGAUUUCCCUACGGCGGCUAUCAACAGCGUCCACGAUCUCAGAGUGCUGGAUAUCGGAUUCAAUCUGAUCACGGAACUACCGGUCAACGCUUUUCAAGGAAAUCCAUCGAUCACGUUGCUAGCAAUCGACGGUAACCCGUUGUCCACGGUACCGGAAGAGGCGCUCGCCCAACUGAACGGUACCCUGCGAGGUCUGAGUCUGGGCGGACGAUUCCUCGUCUGCGAUUGCCGUUUACGCUGGAUCGUCGAGUGGAUCAGAACGCGGGACCUGCAGGUCACCAGUCGCGAGCGCAAGCCGCAGUUUUGCGGCAGUCCACAACGAUUGCAGGACAAGAGCUUCUACAACAUCGACCCCGAUGACAUGAAUUGUGAGCGACCAUCAGAGCUGAUCGGAAUCGGAACGGUGGAAAGCGUGGACACUAGAGAACCAACGGAAACGGCAACUGGAGAUAUCGGUACUCAUCCUCCGUCCGUACGACCUACGACUUCCACAACCGAACUAAUCACCAGUACGACAUUAUCCACGACUACGGUGACAGUAUCAUCGACGACUGAGCAGAGGAGAACAGCACCAUCGGCACCGUCGUCGACCUACAUCCCGACAACUCGACCGACUGUCGCGCGAACCGGAAACGUCGUGGUCGUGAGGACUACCCCCUCACCACCGAAGCAAUCACAGGAGCAUAUACAACAGCAUCAACCGAGGCCGCCGUUAGUCCUGGGAUCGCCAUUGUAUAAAUCGAAGUCGAACGAAAAAGACAUCAUCGUGAAGGACGUGCUCAGACAAGACAACGCGGUCAUCAUAUACUGGGACACAGAAGCGGCCAAUAUUCUCGGCUUCAGAGUGAUCUAUCGAUUGUUCGGGGAUAAUAGUUUCAAACAAGCGCCGCCACUCGAAGCUAGCGAACGAGAAUUCAAGAUAAAAAAUGUGCCCUCCCAGGAGUGCAUUGUGGUUUGCGUCAUUUCGCUGGAGGAGACCAACAUCACACCGGCUAAUGUGCCGUACAACCAGUGCCGCGAGGUCAGAACAGAAAACUCGCCCACCUCAAACAUGGAUAAGAUCACGAUCGCCGCGAGCGCGGCAAUCUGUGCCACAAUCGUCGUCGCGGUGAUCAUCUUCGUGGUUGCGAAUAGACGUCGCGCCCGCAAACUGCAUACUCUGCAUAGCAUCGAUCAAACGAAGAUGGGCGGCCCGAUCGCCGGUCUACCGGUCAACUGUUGUUCGAAUGUGGGCCCGACACCAAGUCCCGGUGGGCCUCUAUCAUCGAUGGCCACUCUAAGUGCCUACAACGCCCAGAAGGAGUGGGACCAGGUGUCGGCCUACAGCAACAGGAGCAUACCACGGCCAAGGAUUUUCCCUAUCGAUCGACAAGGCUCAAUCACUAGAGCAUCUUGCCUCGAUGACAUGCGUUCUCAAACUGGACACUAUAGCAGCAAAGCCCGAUCGAUUGCCGAUGGUCAAUCUCAGCACAGCUUCUCCAACAAUUCUACGCGGUAUUUUUCCAACACUGCGCUAGCUUCCAAUCUCGUCAGCACGAGACCAGAAUUACGACAAUCGCGCCAAUCGUUAGCGGCCGCCUCGGACCGGAUGUCGCGGUCGAACUUCAGCAACCAUCUGCCUCCGCACUCGUCGGCCCGGCGGCAGCGACCACGAUCGCGUAAUCGCAAUUUGGAGUCAAAUCCACCGCGACCUGGCAGCCGGUACAGCCUGGCCGACUCCACACAUACCCUCAAUAAUUACGACGAAAACAACUGGACCGACCACGACAUGGAUAUUUACAUGGCUCGGAAUCCUACCACGAGAAGCGGCCUCGUGCCGCUUUAAAUAUCCAUAGUCUUUAUAUCUUGUCGUUCAUUCUUGCUCAAGUGUGCUCAGUAGAGUGGUCCAGUCUUAACAGACUGUCCUCUCUCAUGCGGCAUACUUUUAAAUUUAGAUUAAUCUUGACAGAUCGAGGAGAGCAGAGGCCUGAACGCAUCAAACGUUUUUGGAAAAAUAUUCGUCGCGAUAGUAGUAAUAUACCUUCGCACAGAACUUUAUAUCAAAUAUUGAAGGAAACUCUAAAGUAACUAUCUAUUAACAGAAUUCUGAUGUGUUCAGUGUGACAGAAAAACAUUUCUUCGGCAUUUAACACGUUCGAAACUUAUUCGGUUUCGAUGAUUAUGAUCGACGCUAACGCGAUGCGGCAGGCAUUACCAUGUAAUGCUUGUGCAAAUGCGUGCAACCAGUUAGAAUUGCGAGUGUUAGUUAGGUUGAGAAGCGAUUUUAGACGUAUAUCUGUGUAGCUCUAAGCGACCUUAUGUAAAAUACAUUCUUAAUUACCAAAUCGUUGAAGAGCAAGCGAGCCGAGAGUGUUCCUUUCGGACGUUUCAAGUGCACACACAUUCGAAUGUUUAUUUUUUUAUCGAUUUUUCGCACGACGGACACCGCGAUUAUAUUAUCCAAAGACUGCAAUCAAAGUGUCUGUCUCUAGAGAAAUGUAUCUAUUUCGGUCAGAAAUUGACAUACUGUGAGAAUGAUUGUUUCGAUCGUUUUUAAUUAGAGACCUUUAGAUUUUUCAUCAAAGUUUGGCCAUAAGACAAGUAUGGGCGAAAGAGAGGAAUGCUAUUAGAUCUUUCUCAUACUUCUUAAAUCUCUUUUUUUUAUUUCUCUUUCUCUCUUUCUCUUGAAAGUGGGCAAACCAAUCAAAACUGGCUUUUUUAUGGCCAGACUCUGAUUGUAGGGUUUCUAUUUUGAAUGAAAGGCGAAAAUGUAAUGAGAGACUUGAAAGAUUUCUUCAUUGACUUUACCUUAUUUUAUAACAUGUGCGUUCGCGCAUACGCGCGCAUUGAUGACGAGGACGAUGUCAUCGUCCGGCGUACUGAUAACAAAUAAAGAGAUUUACUUCACUAC